GAUCAAAUGGAUCACCUACAAAGUCUUAACUUUGAAUAUGGCCAUGAGUUCCCGCAAUGGGACUUCAACAUAAACCAGAAUGAGUUCAUCAAGUUUGACGAGAAAAAUGGAACUGUAGAACUUAGUUCUCAAGAUGAAAUAAAUCUGAAGAUGUUAAAAAUGCAGACCCUAGAAGAUGUUGGCUCGUCUCAAUCAGAGAAACCUUUAAGUAAGAAUAGCUAUUCUCUGAGGAAAAAUCCGAAAAGAAGACUACAAUGCUUUCUAGGGGAAUCCUCCUUGAAACUGAGACAAACUCUCGAUCCUUCCCUUUUCAGCUCAAAAACAGGCAAGUACCCAGCAAGGAAGGACAUUACCAUGAAGGCAGUCUUGAGAGGGAUUAGGAGAUUUUACAUAAAUAUUUUCAGAGCAAGAUAUCCUACUCUGUUCUUCUCCAAACUUGCUAAAGCUCAAAAUACACAGAUAUCUCAAGACGUUCAUGAGAUGUGAGUGGAGUUGUUCUCAGAAGAAGUCGUCAUGAAGUACAAAAUUCAUAUUUUCAUGCAAGCUUUAUUGAAUCUCAAAUUGGUCGAAGACAAACAAGAGUCAAGCCAGGAGUUCAAAAGGGCUAGCCAGGUCUUAAAAUGCUGCAAGAGUUUUUCCUCGAGGGCAUUUAGUCAGUUUUGUGAUGACCCAUGAUUCCUGAAAAUUUGCCAAAAGAUUCAAUCAGACUAUGAAGAAGAGUUCUUAUCCAGCCUCAAAAGUAAAGAGCAUAAUUAUGAGCGAUACAGAGAAGUUCUAAAUAAUUUUAAUCAAUAA